UGUCCGCGCGCUGUAGUAGAGGCUGAGUGAUAAAAAUUAUUAGUCGCCAGAGCGUAUCGACGAGGACAGCAAGUGUGGAUCUGAUGGUCCGCCAAAUCAGCUAAUCACUCGGUCAACACCAGGAAAAUAUGGUGCACGAUUCUCCAGAAAACAACAAAGAUAACAAUCUUCGUUCCUCUCAGGGUGGAAGUAGUGACGAUGCUUCAACCGCCUCUGCUGAAGUGACUCAAAACUCUUCAUCGCUGCCACCCCCGUCGCCCAUAAGUAGCCCAUCGCCUACUAUGCCUCACUCUCGACACAAUACACCACCCAUGCGCUAUUCACCCAGACAAGACGACGAUCCGGAGGCAGUUCACAUGCCCCAACAGUGGCAACCUCCGAGGAACGCCAACGGGGACGCUGCGAGAGCAGACCCUCGUUCCGAAUCGCCUCGCCCAAGGGGUCCCAAUGCCCAUCCAGGAGCCCCGGUGUCUCCUCAGGAGAGCCGCAGUCGGUCGCACUCCCCAACCAAGCAAAUGCCGAGAAAGACCCCCGAGUUCGCCCAGCCGCCGUUGAACAAUAAGAGCGGAGCGUCGCAACCGCCGUAUUCUCCCUCCGCCAGACCGAAUAGCAGGGUGAGGAGUUUUUCUCCCUCCGCGGAGGACAACAGAACUAGCCCAGCCGGGCAAGAUCCGAAGGGACAGAGGCCACCGAAUCAGCUGCCCAGGGUCAGUUCGAGUCCGCAGCAAGGCGUCGAGAUCACGGGCGUCAGGACGAACAGGGCUAACAUCAUGAACGCCAACGCCACAGCCCUCUUCGACGGAGGAAUAAAAAAGGACCGACAAAGGGCAGCGGCACACGUCGCUCCAACCUCGGUUCCUUUAGAGCCUGUGGCCACGUUCCAUAUCAGAAGGCAAGAUAUUCAGCCGCCAGAGUCGCCACAAAAUAAUCAUGCUGAGCAAUUAUCGCCGAAUUACGGAAAACGUCCGAGUUCGCAAACACGGGAUUUGAAAAGCGAGAUUGACCGCUCGCCUUUGCCGUCAGCAUUGCACAGAAUCCACGAAGGCGGGAGCAAAGAAGAAAUCGAAGCACUUCUGGAGGAUUUUCGCAUCAGGCGACCAGAGAUCAUAGAGGAGUUUUUGCAUGUACACCGAAAUACAAUUUCUAGCCGCGAGCCAUCAGCAGGCGGCCAAAGGGAGGCCGCGGCCACGGAGGCCUACGGCAUGGUGCGCGCCCCGCAGCAGUUCCAGCACCUGCGGUCGACCACACCGGCCAGCGCCAUCGUGGCCGUGCCCAACCUGCAGCUGCACCAACCGUCGCCGGCCAAGCGACCGCGCGUUACUUCGUCCAGCGUCGAGCACGCGAUCAACGAGCUCGGCCUCAACCAGUACUUGCAGCCGUCGGGCCAGAGGGCGCAGUCACAGCAGGAAUCGCCGCGGGGCGAAAUGCAGCCUCCCGAGAGCAACGUCAUCGACAUCACGGGCACAGAUUCCAACGACGAAUCCAAAGCGAAAAGCUCUCCUCUCCGAAUGGUAACCGAGGUUCUUAAGCAAUUAAUGGACCUCCAGAACAUAUUGCCCGCGGCAAUCAAAGAAACCCGGAGAGCCCAGGAGCAGUUGAUCGCAAUUCAAAAACCACCCACCCUACCAAGGAGCAAUGGCACGGCUGUCGUUUCCCCGGUACGCGACGAGUUUGAAAUCGCCCACGCUGAACACCAGAUGUACAGGAUUCAACAGUCGUCGAUGGUUCCAACAACGAUUCUGAAUCGAAUGGAAGUGGAUUCAACCUCUAGUCAACGCAAGCAAACUGAGUCCUUGAAGAGCCACCCUCCGACCACGGCGAUUUCCUCCAGCAGUAAUGGCCAGGUAUCGAUUCCGACUGAAUACCAGCUCGUCACCAUGGGGGUGCCUCCGCACGGAAGGGAAGGGCCCAUGGACCUCACAAGCAGGACGCCGAUGCUCUUGCCCACGGUGGCGCACCACUCGAGCACCCAGCCCGCCCAGAGGGCUUUCCAGGCGUAUCAACAAAGUCAUCACGAGAAUCAAGCCAGGACCUACCGGCAAGUCACCGGCGCCAGGCCUCCAUUGCACAGAUACAAUCCCGCGGUGGAACGAGUGUCGCCGCCCGUGAAUGUUGAGCGGGCGCGGAGAAAUAGUAUACCACUAUCAUCGCCACCGCACCUGAGCAGGAACGGCAGGGGCGAACGGCAGCAGAGCAAUGUCAUUCCCACGCACUACCGCCGGGAACUAGUACCAGAAGGAAUGCUUCCAGAGCGUCUGCGAUUCGCGAACUCAGGCGGCGCAGGACACCACCGGCCCACAAGCCAGGCGACCAUCACCGUAGUGCCCCUUCAGCAGCAGCAACAGCAACAGCCGCCCCCGCAGCGGGCCCCGCCGCCCCACACGAACGAGCACGUCAUCAGCAAAAUCCAGCAGCAACAGCAGCAGCAGCAGCAGCAACAACAACAACAUCAACAGCAACAACAGCAACAACCAUCACAGCAGCAGCAACUCCCGCGCAAGCACAGCAACUCGACAGGGCACUGUCUGCAGUGCCAGAGGGCGUCAGGGUUCGUGUGCUCGUCGUGCAAGACGGCCACCUACUGCAGUCGCGAGUGCCAGAAUCAGCACUGGUCGAAGCACGAGCAAGAGUGCAUGAGGUUGGUUUCGAAAGAUAUACUGUCUGCAGGCAGUUCAGUAGUUGCACGCGCCGGUCAGCACGGUAGAGCAGAGAUUUAACACGGCGGGGAUUGAAACCCAAAAACCGCAGCAGCACAAAUAAAAACAAUUUAACUGUGUAACAUUUUUGUGGCGCUACAGCUUCGUGUGUGUUUAGUGAUUUUUGACGCUCAAUAUUGUUAUGUUCGUUUCCGCAUGCUUUUUGGAUAGUGUUCAUAUUUUAAAAUGUUAAAUAUAAAAGCUUGCUAUUUAUUAUGUUUCGUAAAUAUUUUAUGGUAUUUUUCUGGAUUAAAAAUAUCGCUGUACAAUAUUAUAUCCUCUUGUUGAUGUCUGUCCACGAAUAUUUGGAAUUAGAUUUUUGUAGAGAGAUAAAAUGGAUAGGAGUUUUAACACGUCUAGCUUGUAAUAAAAUUUACUGUUGUGCAUAAUAUAA